AUGCCUUCUAUUCUCUACCGCUGUAAUGUUGUCUGCCUUUGUGCUCAAUGUAGCAGAAAUUCACAGGGAUACUCAUUGGUGACAAGCAGAACCAUUGAGCACCAUAUUAGAAAAGAUGAGCUUGAGAGAAUUGAGAGACUGGAUACAACUGAAAGAUUGGCAAAUACUGUGCAAGAAGAACAAAUGAUAGACGUUGAUACUCAAUACGAUCAGGCCGACUCACCUGAUUCGAAUGCUGCCACAAUGGCUGAUAAUGUCUCGGUAGAAGAUGAGAUCAGCUAG